AAAGUUUUUAUUUCUUAAAUAAGCAAAAUAAGGAGAAGACGACACGUGUCUAGUAAGGUAUUCUUUAUAUAUUUGAUUGAUUUAAAACCCUAAAUACAACACCAUCUUUCCCAGCGCUUUCUUCUUCUUCUUCUUCUUCCAGACAACACCAUCUCUGUACAAAUCAUCUCCCCUGGAGUCUGGGCACGGGCACAAGCUCGCCGAUGGCCACUUUCUGGACCUCACUUUUCUACUGUCUCCUCCUCACCACCGUGGCAGCCGAGGAGGCACGGCAGCAGGAGGCUGAUAGAGUGAAGAACUUGCCAGGGCAGCCACCAGUGAAAUUCAGACACUAUGCUGGUUAUGUGAAGCUAAGGCCACAAGAAGAGAAGGCAUUGUUCUACUGGUUCUUUGAAGCUCAAGAAGCUCCUUCACAAAAGCCUCUUGUGCUUUGGCUGCACGGAGGACCUGGUUGUUCAUCCAUUGCCUUUGGAGCUGCAAGUGAGCUUGGUCCAUUUCUUGUGAAAGACAAACAUGGCCUCAAACUUAACAUGUUCUCUUGGAACAGAGUUGCCAAUAUCAUAUUCUUGGAGUCACCAGUUGGUGUUGGCUUUUCUUACACCAACAAUUCCAAAGAUUUACAGGAACUUGGAGAUAGAGUUUCUGCCAGUGACAACUAUGCUUUCUUGAUUGGUUGGUUCAAAAGGUUCCCAAGCUUCAGAUCCCAUGAAUUUUAUAUUGCAGGAGAGAGCUAUGCAGGGCAUUAUGUUCCACAACUUGCUGACCUCAUCUAUGAAGGAAACAAAGCAACACAACAGGGCUCUUUUAUAAACUUGAAGGGAUUUAUGAUUGGAAAUGCUGUGAUCAAUGGUCUUACAGAUGUGUAUGGCAUGAUUGAUUAUGCUUGGAGCCAUGCCAUCAUCUCAGACAAAGUAUAUCAUGGGAUAGAAAGAAAUUGUGACUUUAAAAAAGAAAACCUAACAAAGGCUUGUGACUUGUAUAUGAGAGGGUUUUUUGGAGCUUACAAAGCCAUUGACAUAUUUAGCAUUUACUCACCAAUUUGCCUCGAUGACUCUAAAGGAAGAGUUUCAACCAAACUUGUUGUUGCUCCUCAUCUUCUCACCCAACAUGAUCUGUGGCAUACGCUACCAUCAGGAUAUGAUCCCUGUGCAGGAGAUUAUGUAAGCAAAUAUUUCAAUAAUCAGGAGGUUCAGAAGGCACUACAUGCCAAUAUCACCAAAUUGUCAUACCCAUAUACUCUUUGCAGCUCUGUAAUUCAAAAUUGGACUGACUCACCAGACACGGUUCUACCAGUCAUUCAGAAGCUCCUAAAUGCAGGUCUACGCAUUUGGAUCUACAGUGGGGACACAGAUGGUAGAGUUCCAGUGACAUCAACAAGGUACAGCAUAAACAAGAUGGGUUUGAAAGUCAAGAAAGAGUGGAGAGCUUGGUUUCACGAGCAUCAAGUGGCAGGGUGGGUGGAAGUUUAUGAGGGUGGUCUCACAUUUGCAACCAUUAGAGGUGCUGGCCACCAAGUUCCAGUGCUUGCACCACAACAAUCCCUUUCUCUCUUCACCCAUUUCCUCUCUUCUCAUUCCCUCCCAUCUUCUCGCUUCUAGAUAAUUUGAAAAAAUGAUGGAUAUCCAUUAAUUCUAUUAAGGUUGACAAACAUGAAGCUUUGUAAUAACUAGGAUUAAGACCCCUGCCUUAAUAUGUUAUCAUCUGAUUUUACUAAUGAUUGAAUUUUAUAUAAGCAA